AUGAAAUUCCGCUAUUCGACUGCCAUACUGUGCCUCAUUUUGGCCAAUUCGCUGACGCAUGCGGCAACUGCUGGCAGCGGUGAAAGGGUGCACAUACGUCUGCAUAUGCCGGAAAUUGUGCGUGAGCAUACGCAUUUUCACAAGGUCUACAAACGGUUGCCACCCUCGCUUGAGCCACAAAUCCACCACUCCACUCCCCAUGGCAAGCCACAUGUGUCGCUGUUGGGCUAUACGACAACGGCAAGUGGCACUGGCGUCCUGUCGCCCAAUCUUAUGCAAGUAAUGGCAUCUGCGGCCACGCCCAUGUCCGUGAUGCCCACAUUGGCGCCCAACUAUGGACCCGCACUGUUCGAUAACUACAAUCAGGAAGCGGCAGCGUCGGCGGCGGCGCCGGAGCCGGAGCCGGAACUGGAAAACAAUGAGUUAUUGAAUAACAACUUUUUGGCUGCACUGCAACAUGAAUAUUUCAACAAAUUUGGUUCAGGAAGACGCAAACGCAAGAGAGUGCAUUUUCGUAGUAAUUAUCGUAGUCCUCCGCCAAAGAAAACCUUAAAUCAUGUGCAGGAAAGCGAGGAGCACUUGGAUGACUAUCCAGAGGACUCGCCUUCAGGGUACGAGGAUCAAUCGGGUUCAUCAAUUGGAUAUGAAGAUGAUGAGGCAACUGGUUAUGACAGUGCUGCAGCAUUUAGUGGCCAAUCUAACGGUGUGUCAUUAAUGCCUACGGUGGAUGAGUUUCUAAGCGAUGUCAAUAGCAAUUCCUAUACCCAGCUCUAUGGUAAUAUGUACGAUGACUAUGGACCGACGAGUGAAGCCAUUCGCAGUAAUGAUUGGCAUUCAUUGCCGCCCACUUUCUCCUCCCCAUAUGCACGUCCCACAAAAGCCACGCCCCCUAAAUUGCGACUACGUCAACGGCGACCCAGUUCGCAAUUGGAAUCCGGCAGUGGAAAUGCGGGCAAAGUGCGUUAUGUGAAGUUGACAACGCGUAAGAAACGAAAGAACCGCAUUAAGUCCAAGAGAUAUCGCAUAUGA